CAGGUGGGCUUCCCCUGGGCCAGCUCUGAGUGGGCCGGCGGCUCUUUUGCCAGUGACGGAGAUGCUGAGGACGGCGACCAGGGCCCCAUCUGGACGUUCCCCCCGACCAUCCGGCCGAGCCCCCACAGCAAACUCCACAAGGGGCUGGCCCUGCAGGCCUCACAGAAGUCUGCAGAGCCUGUCAAACGCCAGCCGCGCUCGCAGUGCCUCGCCACCCUCGUCCGGCCCGUCUUUGGAGAGCUCAAAGAGAAGCACCGGCAGACGGGAGGCAGCGUGGGCGCCAUGGAGGAGCUGGAGAACGCCUUCAGCCUGGCCGAGGAGUCGUGCCCCGGCAUCUCGGACAGGCUCAUCGCCCACCUGGUGGAGCGGGUCCAGCGGUUCUCGCACAGCAGGAACCACCUGACGUCGGCUCGCUGACGCGGAGGAGGCUGGCCGGCCUUUCCCGACUUCUCGGAACUGACCUCAAACCCGUCGCGCUCUGCGUCGGGGUCCCGCCAGGCCGGGCCUCGGACCCCGGCGGUCGGGGAGCCGCCUGGCGUCGUCGUCUCUGUUGUCGUUGUUGCUGUUCUAAUCCGGGCUGCCUCGCGGGCUGGCGCCGGGGCCCUCCCCGGCCUCCCGGCCUCCCCCUGCCAUGCCCUGGGAGGGGGCCGGGCCCUCAGGCGGGGGGGCCUCGUCGUGUUCGUGAUGGUGUUUAGUGACCCCCCCGUGUCCCUCCGGCGCCCAGCAGGACCGCCCGGGCGGAGCGGGUGCUGGCGUCCGACCCCGCGUUCUGUGUCCAGUCCAGAGCUCCGGGGGGUCCGGCCUCUUCCAAUAAAGAAACACCCCAGAG